UUAGUUUGAAAAUAUUUUAAAGUUGUGCCGUUGGAGAUUAUUUCUUGUUUUAUUUAGUAAUAAUUAAGUCCAUUAGAUUAGCUAUUACUAAAAUUUAAUUCAUAUGUACUUAUCAUGUCCGAUCGAUUUUCUGAGAUAAAUCAAUCUAAACGAGAUGUGCCAUCUUUUAUUGAACCUAGGCCACCGCUUAUAUCAAAUCCGUUCAUGCGUCCCCGACCGCAGAAAGGAACAAAUCUAAUGGAUCUUUUCGAAGAGGAUUCAGAAUGUGAAGAGCCUGAAUUAGUACAAGUGUAUUUGCGAUUGAAACCAUGCAGUGCCCCGAGUAAUUUAUACGAAGUUCGUUCUGAUCGUUGCUUGAUAACAUCUCUCGACACCGCGACAGCUGGACAUGGCAGACGAACUCAACAUAAUGUAUCAAAAAUGUACACUUUUUCUCACAUAUUCAGAUCAGAAACUACACAAAAGGAAAUAUUUGAUCAUGUCGUUAAGGAUAAUUUAAAAAAACUACCUGAAGGCCGCAGCUUUACACUACUGACUUAUGGAGCAUCAGGUUCUGGCAAAACCUACACCCUCAUGGGGACAGUAGCGUCCCCAGGCUUGGUUCCCAGGUCCUUGGAAUAUGUCUUCAAACUUGUAGAUGUUGCUCAAGUACCCACUUAUAAGCCUGCUGAAGGUGGUGUCGAUCGACUUAAUUAUGCUGAGCAGGAGUAUGAGUUACAGUGGGUCAAGAGACUGAGAAAAGUCUCUGCUCCGUUAAGAGAUAAGUACAGAAGGAUGAGUGCUCAAUUAUCUUGUGAUCUAACUGUCAGCCAGCUAGAUCUAUCCGCUCAAACUAGACAUUAUGUGUGGGUAUCUUUCAUAGAGAUAUACAAUGAGGGGAUAUACGACUUGCUUGCGGCCAGAGAAAAAGGAAAUGCAACAAAACUUGUUAUUCGUGAGGAUUCUAGCGGAAAUGUAUAUGUAAAGGGAGCUACGCAAGCUUUCGUUCGUUCGGGCGAGGAAGCGUAUGACGUGAUGGUGGCCGGCAAGCAUCAGCUGCAAGUGGCCGCCACGGGUGUGCACGCGCAGUCGUCGCGGUCGCACUGCAUAUUCACUAUCACUAUGAUCACUGAGACAGAUGGCGCGUGCAGCAGCUCGUGCGUGCGGCUGUGCGACCUGGCGGGGUGCGAGCGCGCGCGGCGCACGCGCAACACGGGCGCGCGCAUGCAGGAGUCGCGCGCCAUCAACUCGUCGCUGCACGUGCUCGAGCGCUGCCUGCACACGCUGCGCCGCCGCCACCUCGCCGCCGCGCACACGCUCGUGCCAUACAGGGAGUCAAAGCUGACGCGCCUGUUGGGCGCCGGGCUGUCGGGCGCGCGCGGCGAGGCGGUGAGCAUGGUGGUGACGCUGAACCCGGCGCACGAGGACGCGCACGAGACGCGCCACGUGCUGCAGCUCGCCGCCGUCGCCAGGGACAUACAAAUAAACAAUACAAUAUCCGAGUAUCCGAGCUCGUUGGAGAGCAGCACUCAAGACACUACGAUUAGCUUCAAUUCGGACAUAAUGAAGUUGCGUUCCGAUAAUGAGAGACUGCACUUUGAAUUGAUUCAAGCACAAGCACGUUACAAGGAACUAAUGGGUUCCAUGGAGGAGAGACAGGCUGCCAGCGCUGAUACCAUGAGGGAGUUGGUGGAAGAAGCGAAGGAAAUGACGAAACAGUACUAUGAAGCUCAGCUGCUAGCGUUGAGGGCUGAGAUGGAGGAGAUGGCAGAGGAAUAUGAAAAUAAACUGAAUGAAUUAAGCAAGCAAUCAGUGAACAGCACUCCUUCUAGGGAUAAAAAGAUUACACAACUGAUGACGGAGAAUGCUAUUUUAGAAGAAAAACUGACAGCUGAAAGAUUAGCACGUGUCCGAGCUGAAGAAGAAGUGCAGCAUCUACGCGCCUGCAUAGAAGAGAGAGAUGAAAAAGAAGAGGAACUUGCAAGUGAAGAUGUUAUGUCAGUCACUGAAACAGAUAGCGAAACGGAAAUAGACGAUCCCUGCAACGAAAGUCUCGAACCGACUUUCAAGAAAGAAGAAAUAGAACGAUCUAGAAUAAUACGACAAAGUAUUAUGAGCGAUAAGCAAAGCGAAAGAAAUGGUUCUUUUAAUAGCAGUGAUAGCAAUGAUACUGUGCUAGAUACAUCCGAUGAUACAUUAAAAGACGAUAGUAAUAAUAGUGUUGACCUUGCAUUUACGGACAACGUUCUAGUUACAUGUAAGAAAGCUAGCAUACGUCACACAAUUGACAAAGUUCAAGAAAAUAUAAAUAGCGAACCAUCUUCAGAUAUGACAAUAGAAAAAGAAAUUGAACUUCAGGAAGAUUGUGAAAUUAAUGAACGAAAUAACGAUACCACAAAUGACAUAAGCAAAGAAUUAACCGCGGAGCAAUUACAAGACCUUGUUCCGGUAAAAGUGAAUCAAAAAGAAAGUUACUUCUUCAAAAAAGAAGAGAAUGUUAAUAUUGAGAAAAAAGAUCUACGCGGGACAUACUGCGUGUCCACGACCGAUAUUAGCGAUGUUUAUUUGGACGCAAAUGGAUCAGAUAAAGAGAAUAAUGAUAAUGUGAAUAAGAUCGUAGAUGAAAAAGAGGAUAUUGUUCCUGAAAUCAAAAUAGCUAAACACACAGAUACUGUAAAAGCGGAAUCAAUCGUUAACAAAAUAAUACAAAGAAACUCGAGCAAAAGUAACAAUUCUUUGACUCAAUUUGAACAAAUUGAAUUAGCUACAAAAUCAUGUAAUGACGUCAACAAGAAGGAAUCUAAGGAAUUUGUCAACAUAAAUAUAUCGAAAGAGAAAAAAGCAUUUUUUGAUACUGAUAACAAAGCAGACUAUAAACAUUCCGCUAAAUUAGAAAAUAGAAAAGACUAUUUUGCGGAAUCUUCAAAGGUUAAUGGAAAUCUUGACGAAUUAAAACGAAACGAUGAUUAUAGAUCUCCAUCUAUUGUAAAAGACGAAAUAAUAGGCGAAUACGAGCCUAGUAUGAUUAAAAAGCUUUUAGGAAAAAAUCUCGCUCACAUAGAUUUACCGUCUGCACAGAAAAAUACUUUACAUAAUUCAACUGAUUCUGUUGAUAUAUUCGAAUCGCCCCAUCCGACAACGAAAAACUUGGAGAAUGUGGAAUUGAUCCGAAAAUCAAUUGUAUUGACUGACAAUUUAAAUGUUGUUGAAAAAUCUGCUAAAGAAGUCAAUACUGCUACAGAAGAUAAAAAACAAUCACCUAAAGAAAUCAAACCACCAUUAAUAAAUUCAAAUGGAAUGGAAGAAAUUAGUAAGAAAAUUGUUAAAGAUAACGAAAGUCGUAUUCUUAAAAGCAAAAUAGCCAACGCUAUAAUAAAACUCGAAAAAGCUUCCCCGGAUAUUUUCAAACAACCCUUAACAUUGCUCAAGCAAAAACAACUAGAAUUCAAUCAAAAUAAAAUCGAUAGCCAAAAAGACGAAAAUCUUGAUCAAGACAUAAAGCCAAAAUCAGAACCUAAUCCUGAUUUAUCUCAAACUAUAACAAACACAACUGUAAAUAAUACAUUGGAAGAUUUCGAAAAUAUCUAUAAGGACAUUACAAUGCCGCGGGCGACUGAAUUCGAUCUGCUUGUCUCUCAAACAAACGAAAAAGAAAAAGAAUCAACGGAAACUGAAUUAAAAUACAACUUGCGUAAAAAAUCACAGCAAAGAACACGAAGAGAUCGCAAAGCGACUUCCAUUGAAGAAAAAAGUGACGUUAAAAAUGAUCGAGAAGAAAUAUUACUAGAGAGUCACGCGAAAUGCGAAAGUAAAAGACCGAAACGUAACUUAAGAUUGCGCAGAGUUAAGAAUUUCGAUCUGGAAGACACGGAACAAAAUAGAGAAGACAAAUUGAAGGAUAUAGUCAAUUUGCAAAGUGAAUUCUCGGAUGUCACAAUGGAUGUGCCGGCACCCAAUAAAGCAGUUAAUGAUAUUCCUUCGCCAGAAAAAGUAGACGAAAAUGUACCGCCCAUGUUGGGUAUUCAGAGCUGUCCUGCUAAAAGUAUCACUAGAAGUCGCAGGAAGUUGUUUACUCCACGUGCAGAACCGCUAGAUGAAAGUUUGUCACAAACUGGCGACAGUAAUGAGAGAAUACGCGUGCCCAGACCGUCGUACCAUAGACCUAGAGCAAGGAGAAAGUUGUAGAAAAUUGAAUUGUCUAUGUUGUUGUCUUCGAUUGAUUUUUAAAAUGAAAGCAGAAUGGAUGUUCACAUAUAUAUAGAUGGAUUUCAAAAGCAUUCACCUUAUUAUGACAUUGAUUUUUUUGUCGUUAAAAUAGAACCAGGAAAGUAAAUUGACAUCAAUCGUGAAUAUUACGAUUACAAUGCGCUCUGGCAGCCGCAAGAUUGUCGUGGUUUAAUAAUCAUAUAUAUUACAAAUAAUAUUAUGUCUUAUCAGUACACUGACUGAUCGGAAAUUGUGUAUAUUAUAAAAUUGACAUGUAAUUUUUUA